AACUGAUCAACAAAAAAAAAAAAAAUCGCACAAACUGUGAAUCUAUUUCAGGUUAGAAUCCACCGUACUAUUUUAAAGACUCAAUACUUCUCCUUCCCACUCAUAGUAAACGUUCUCAGACCCUUCAUUGAACAAACUUUCUCCUUCCCACGCAGCCCAGUCACCGGGCCGCUGCACCGCCACCGCCGGUGACAACCGCAGACACCACCGUUAUAUCCGACAGAGUGAACUUCUCUCUCUCUCUCUCUCUGAAACAAAAGGGGUAAAACAGAACCUAGAAAAAGGAAAAACAAAUUCAAGAAACUAAGCUCUUGAGCAGCUAAGAUACAUGGAUAAAGAGGAAGCCCCGCAAAUCCCCAGAAGAACAACAAGGUCUUUAUCUUCAACAUCGACUUCAAAUACUAAAACUGCAUCAAAAGAAAACAACAGCCGUGAAUCCCUAACAAUCAAUGACCUUUUGGUUGGAGGAGACCCUAUUAGCCUAGAUGAUAUCAUUUCCAGUUUUCCCGGUAGAAGUACUCAGAUUCAUGAGAUUGUGCGUCUUUUAGGACCUUUGAAUUCGCCAAUACUUCCUAUGUUUGUGUAUGGAGGUGCUUCUACUGGAAAAACCAGUAUCAUUCUUCAAUUAUUCAAACAUCUCCAAAGGCCUCUUGUUUAUUCUAGUUGUAGGACGUGUUAUAACCAACGUAUCUUGUUCGAGUCUGUUCUAAAUCAGUUACUUCUCCAUAGAAAAAAUGCUGCCAAUUGUUAUACAAAUGCAAAGCGUUGUGAAAGACCGUCCGAUUUUAUCAAUUUUCUUCGUGAAGCAUUGACUAGUGUUAUAGACAAUCUGAAGGUGAAAUCAGAAAAAUCGAUCUCAGAAAAGAAUAUACAUGGGGGAAUGGGAAAUAUGAUCUACUUGGUAUUUGACAAUUUUCAUCUUGUUCGAGAUUGGGACAAAAGCUCGACGAUAUUGCCCUUACUGUUUAAUCUCCAUGAUAUGCUAAAGAUGCCUGAGGUUAGUCUGAUUUUCAUCAGCAGUACUUCACCAGAUACCUUUUACUCUACUAACAUGGGUUAUGUGGAGCCUAUCCCCAUUUACUUUCCGGAUUACACAGAAGGUGAUAUGCGUCAAAUCUUAUUGAGAAACCAAGCAAACCAGAAGUUGUAUUCCUCAUUUCUCGAUGUAGCUCUGAGGCCUUUCUGCAGAAUUACUAGGCAAGUUGGUGAGUUGUCUUCUGCAUUAAAGCCACUAUUUGAAAAAUAUUGCGAACCUUUAAGUGAUAAGGGAAAGGGGGUUGUUCCUAAUGAAGACAUGAAGAGGAGGCUAUUCAAUCACAUCAAGCCUCAUAUUGCUUCCUCUCUGAAUGAUGUAUUUAAGGUUUCAUCUCCUCCUUCAAGUGAAGCUGAAAGUGGUAAAGAGACAAAGCUUAAGGGGAAUCUGAAGAGAUCGGAGGAAAUCGGUGAUCUUGAUUUUCAUAUGUCGACCAGUGCAAAGUAUCUUCUUAUUUCAGCAUUUCUUGCCUCCAGAAACCCUGCUACUCUUGAUGCUUCACUUUUUGAUUCCAAAGGUGGUUCUGAUAAUCGAAAGCGAAAGAGGAAGGCCUCUGAGAAAGCGCUCGAAAAGAAGGAAAUGUUAGAAGAGGAACUACUGAUGAAAGGACCUGGAACUUUCCCAAUGGAGAGAUUGAUAGCCAUCUUUCAGUGUAUUGUUUCUGUUGGAGAAGAUCCAUCUGAUGAAGAGGAAAAAAACAAUGAAGAAUUAGGAGCUCAAUGUGGCAGCGGUUCACUGAUGUCUGAUGUUCUUUUGCAGCUAUCCACUCUCUGCAAUGCUAAUUUUAUUUUCAGAGGAAAGAGUUGUCCAAUUGAAGGCGCUACUCGUUAUCGAUCAACUAUAUCUGAAGACCUGGCUUUAAAGGUUGCCAGGAGCCUAAAGUUCCCACUGUCAAAGUAUCUGUACAGAAGUUAGUAAUCUUUGACAUUGACAGCUUCACAGAGCUUGGUUGUCAACUUUUAUCUGAUAGAACUAUAACCAAGAGCUGUAUACAACAUUCACUGUGAUCUACUGUUAUUAACAUGAAAUAGCUGGAAUAGUAAGCAUGCUUGGAACUUAAGUCUAAGGUGGAAUGGAUAAUUAUGUUAUGACCACGUUGGAUGAAUGGAAUGUUUAUUAUCUAGGAUUUGUUUUAUUGCUUCUUGUCAUCAAUAUUGCUCCCAAAAGUGUUUGUAAUAUUGUGGAUUGCAGUAAUAAAGAUACUGAAAUCAUGUUGCCCUUAGCUGAUUAAAUUUGUAAUAUAACACACUUUGUACUCUUGCCGAAUUUCAUAUUAACACUGUUGAUGUUCUAGAAGGAAUAUCCUAGGUUUGAUGGAAGUUUAAUGGUGGGAAUAGACUAUUCUUGCUGAUA